AACAAAAGUUAUUGAUAAAUUGCAACGUGGUGUAACUUCUAUGAGAGGAAUUGGAGAGUAUCAUGAAAGUUUUAUUGAUUUUUUAGUUGUGCUUAUGUCUAUUAGCACUUUAGCAACACGUUGGCUCACAGCAAAUUUGGCUGGACCAACAAUUCGAUUUUUACGGCAUAAAAGAAAUGAAUCAGAUAUUUAUUAUAAUAUAUAUGGAAUAAAUACAUCAAGUUUUCCAGAUAUUAUUACAAUGUGGCGUAAAGCAUAUGAUUAUGCUGGUCCUACAAUAUGAGCAAAAGAUCAAACAAAAGUUGCAGAAUUGAUUGAAGUUUGUAAACAGCGGCAAAAAUGGAUUGGAUGUGUGCCUAUUGAAGAUACUAUAAUUCCAACAACAAUGACAAUAGAGGAACUUCAUAAUAAAAUUAGCAAUUUUAAAAAAGCAACAUAUAUUACAGUUUAUGCUCUUUCAGCUUGUAUUCCUGGAAUACCGCCAAUUGUGAUUGCUGUCAAUCCGUCAGACCAAACGGAAAAAGCAGAAAUUAAUACACAUGAUAACAAUUUAAUUAUGAGAGAAUUAAAUCGUGCAGGAGCUAUAACAAUUGGUUUAUAUUUUGAUGGUGCUACUCUUGAUCGGAAUUGGUUAGGUGAAGUUUAUAGCGAAGAUCCAACUUUUACUAGUGAACUUGCACUUAAAAAGAAUACUUCUAUAUUCAGUAAAAUGAAAUAUCCUAUAGCCUUACAUUUGAUGGAUAAUUCAUUACCAUUUAUUUGUGGAACGGAUAUUUAUCAUUGUGUGAAAAAGGGACGAAAUAUGCAUAAUAGUGGAACAAGAGUGUGUCCAAUUGGAUAUUACAUUAUGUCUACUGAACAUUUGUGGAUUUUAAAAGAAAAUUCUGAAAUUUAUUCAGGCUUUACAGAUUAUUCUGUGAAAAAUAAUGAUGACGAAAUGUAUGGUGACGCUUGUUACCAUUUUUUUUGUGGAAUUUUGUUCGAAUCAUGGAAAUCACAUAGCAUGGCCCAUAUAGAUCGUGUAGGAUUUGCUUGGGGCGCAUGCAUUUUUUUUGCAGGAGUACAACAUUUUUUAAAAGCAAAUCAAGCCACGUGUGAUUUAAUCAGAACAGAUAAUAAUGAUGGUUAUAAUAUCAAAUUAUCCACAGUUAAAGAAAAAUUGCCAAAAAAUUUGACGGAUUUUCCAUCAAUUUUUGAUAUUGAUAAUAUGAUAGAAAAGACUUCGUAUGCUAUGAAAAUUAUACUUAGCAGUCUUGGCAUAGUAGUAAAUAAGGAAAUUUUUUCAGAAUUAAUUCAACAAUCCUUACAUUCACUUAAAAAAAUAAAUAAUCAUAAUAUACCUAUGGAGAACACAAGUGAAACUGAUGAACUUGAGGGUGAAUCAGAGGAUGAAUUGGAUAAUGAAUGUGAUAUUGGCAAAUUGCUCACACGACAUCAACAACGCAUAUUGAAUAGAUCCAAAUUUCCUGAACAUCUUGACGUUCCUAAUAAUGAUUUAGAUGAAAUGGAUAAUGAAAAUACUCAAUCAACUUUGGAACUGGAUUUUGAGGAUAAUUUUUUUGAAAAGAUAAAUAAGGCAUUUGGAAAAACUCAUGAAUUGAGUCCAUUAGCAAUAAUGCAAGCAAUGUCAUAUUAUCGAGAAAAAUAUGAUUACUUUACUCAAAAGGAAAAGAAAAAAGUUGGAAAUAAAGCUACACUCAAUAAAAAUAAUCUCACAGUAGUCACUGAACUAGGCACAAUGAAUAUUAUGGCUGCAAUUCAUCAGAAAAGAUUAAGUAAUACUGAACAUCAAGCAAGAACAAAAGGACGAAUUACACGAUGGAAAACUGCAUGCAAAAAGGUCUUUGAUUCCACAAAAAUAAAUCCACAAUCAUCUAAAUUCAAAAGAGGAGAUUUUUAUUAUUAUUGCGAAAAUAGUCAUUCUAUUGUCAUUGCUGAAAUUAUUGCAGUAUUUGAGAAAAAUGGAUCAAGCUAUGUUCGUGUAGAUUUAUUAUCUGGUUUAAACGAAGGAAAAAUUCAUGCACGCUUGUAUGAUCUCAAGCCAGAUUCAGCAUGUAAAUUUAUUCCGAUUAUAAGCAAAGACCGUACACAAUUCACAUGUGAGUCUAAUCCAUUUCGUUUCAUUGCACAUUUGGGUUCUGUAUUAGAAGAAUAUCAUGGUACUUCUCACUGGUUAGGAAAAACACUAAAAUUAGGAGAUCUUCAAUAUGCGACAUAUUUCCAUUUUGUUGGAAAGUCCUGCGAACUUGAACAAUCCAUUAAAGAAGCAGAAAAAAUAAUGCGGAUGAGAAAAAAUAAUGCUAAUUCUAACGAUGAAUAG